AUCCACUAGGAGUUAGUAGUGAAGAUGAUAAACCAACUGUAUUUAGAGCUACAGGAUCACCACCAUCUUCUCGUAACACCAGUCCUACUUCACCAGCUGGACCAGUAGAGAAUGUGUCCAAUGAUUCUGGAGUAGGUAAAGAUGGUGAUAGUGGUAUUAGUAGUGAUGAACAGUACACUGAUCUAGAUAAAAUGAGCAGUGUACUACCUACUAUGUGGCUUGGAUCUCAAACUGGAAGUUUAUAUGUACAUUCAUCAGUAGCACAAUGGAAGAGAUGUUUACAUUCCGUUAAAUUACGGGAUUCUAUACUCAGUAUUGUUCAUGUAAAAGGAAGAGUUAUGGUAGCACUAGCUGAUGGUACAGUUGCAAUAUUUCAUAGAUCUUCUGAUGGUCAGUGGGAUCUAGAGAACUAUCAUCUCUUAGAUUUAGGUAGACCUCAUCAUUCUAUAAGAUGUAUGACUGUUAUAGCAAACAAACAUGUCUGGUGUGGAUAUAAAAAUAGAAUCCAUAUUAUCAAUCCUGAAGAUAUGUCUAUAGAGAAAAGUUUUGAUGCUCAUCCACGUAAAGAAAGUCAAGUAAGACAGUUAGCCUGGGUAGGAGAUGGUGUAUGGGUUUCUAUUAGAUUAGAUAGUACAUUACGAUUAUAUCAUGCUUAUACUCAUCAACAUUUACAAGAUGUAGAUAUUGAACCCUAUGUUAGCAAGAUGUUGGGAACUGGAAGACUUGGCUUCUCGUUUGUACGUAUUACAGCAGUACUAAUAUCUAGUAAUAGAUUAUGGAUUGGUACCGGUAAUGGUGUCAUAGUUUCUGUACCAUUGUCUGAAAGUAACAAGCAGCAAAUAACCACAUCAGUAGCUGGUCGUCCUGGAGGUAUAGUUAGAGUUUAUAAUGAUAGUAAAACAGAUAGUGUUACACCAGGCAGUUUUACACCUUAUUGUUCUAUGGCCCAGGCACAGUUAUCUUUCCAUGGUCAUAAAGAUGCUGUCAAAUUCUUUGUUGCUGUACCUGAUAUAUUGUGA